AUGCUGUGGCUCACCAUUGGUUUCAUCAUCAGCAUCAACUUUAGUGGUAUAAAAUCGUUCAUUCAGCUAAACUCUUACGUUCAGUUUCCUUUGAAGAAUGUCCAUAAUUCAAUCGGUGCGGAGUACAAUGCGACAUUCGAAUCCAACUUCACAUCCGAAUUCCGCCGGUACUAUAAAAAUGACGGAUACAUAUUGAACUUGCAAAAGCUAAAUCUUCGACCAGCUCCAAAUCCUUACCCGGGCUUCAUCGAAAGUCAAAAAGUGUCGGCGAUAAACUUGCGCGAAAAUGGAAUCUACCAAGUGCAGCCCGACUCGUUUAAAUCCGUGCCGAACGUGCAGUACCUGGACCUAUCCAGAAACAGAAUUGCCUUUUGCGAGAUGUUCCAUUACCGCAGUUGUGCCAACAACUUGGUAACUCUGAUGAUCGAGGAGAACGAGUCACCUGCGGAGAGCUUGCAGUGCGAAAUCGGCAGAGACAGUUGCUUCCCGCAGCUUCGUUACCUCUACUUGCGCAAAAACUGCAUUCGCCGAAUCAACUUUUCACUCGCACGCUCGUUCCCGUCCCUCGUUUCGCUGUACCUAUCCAACAAUGAGAUCGACGACUGUGGUUUCAUCCGAGACGCUCCGCCGUCCUUGGCUUACCUCUACGUGGAAAACAAUCGGAUCGCCAGGGUGGAUACCAGUGUGGUUAAAUAUUUGAGGACCCUCAGUGCGGACGACAACAGAAUCGAGUCGAUUUGUUAUCACGAGAACUGCGACUCUGCCUCCCUUCGAUUGCUUGGUACUACCAAACUCGAGAUUCUGUCGUUGGCCAGAAAUAAGAUCUCACGGAUAGAUUCGUGCGCCUUCAAGGAUACCUAUAGCUUGGUGUGUUUAAAUCUGGCUGGGAACAACAUCGAGACGAUUCAUCCAUCAGCUCUCGUGCCAUUGCGUGCCCUAACCCAACUCAAUUUGGACGACAAUCGUUUGACGUGUGUGCCAAACCUCAGAGGCAACUGGCAUCUAAAGGCGCUUUCGUUGCGCAACAAUAAAAUCAAGGAAAUCAAGAGGGACGACUUUAGUAACGCCAAGACCCUCCAGAAGCUAUUUCUCGGCGGCAAUUGUAUCAGAAGUAUACAGAGCGACGUCUUCGAGGACCUCACGUGGCUGCAGAUGCUAGACUUGUCGGACAAUGGGAUGGACAGUCUGGUGAGCGGAUGGAUGCGCGGUUUGGCGAAUUUGAAGCACUUGGAUCUGAGAAAUAACAGAUUCGUGUUCGUUCAUCAACUGUUUUUCACUACUUCGCUGUGUCUGAGGGAACUUCACCUCGAGAAUAACAAAUAUACAAAGAGCGACGAAUGUAAAAUUCAAGAAUAUUUUCCGAACGCCAUGGUUUUUUUGGAUAGCUGCAGUUAUAAUGCGAGUUUGAAACGAGUUGCCGGUCGAGACUUGCCUGACAUUUACUGGGAAAUGAGCACUCAAGAAAAAUCGGAUUUCUCUGUGGUUUGCGAAGUAGCCAAAGACGAUCUUCAAGCUGUAGCUGCAGAUCAUACUACAUCUGAUUAUGAUAGACGUGAAUUAGAAGAUCUGCUUUCACCUAUUAGCCACCAAGAAGAGAAAAGUUUAAAAGCUGUAUAUCAUUUUCGUUCGACCUUUAUUUCAAGUUCAACUUUGAAAAGUCUUAACUUGAGUAAUGGUGGAAUUAGAAAAUUUAGUGCAGAUACAUUUGAUUUACCAGCCAUAGAGCAUUUGGAUCUAUCAAAAAAUCGGUUGAGUAUUAAUUUUAGUACAUUACCAAACUUGGAUGAAUUAGUUAUGGAUGGAAUGAGGAACAAUCUUAUUUUCAAGUCAGUUGUAAAUUUUUCCGAAAUACCAGCACUGAAGACUCUUUCAUUACGACUCAACUCUUUGACAACAGUACCAAUAACAUUUCUUAGUAAAUUGCCAAAUCUACGACAACUUGAUUUGUCGAACAACAGAAUUACCAUUUUACCAUCUUGGCAAGGAAUCAAUUACAUUGAAACGUUGAAUUUGGAUUUUAAUCCAAUUUCAAAUAUCAAUAAUAUAUCAAUUCUUGAAGCCAAGGCUCUGAAGUUGUUAAAACUAAAACAUAUUGGAAAAUUUAAAGUCAAUUCAAAUGUUUUUAAAUACCUACCAAAUGAUGUCAUUAUUGAAUUUUGA